AUGGCCCUGCUGGCCCCAGGCAGUGCUGUCCCAUCUGCCCUGGUAGCCCUCGUGGUCUUCAGGACCCCCGCCUGGGCCUGUCUCCUCUGCUUCACAUCCCACAAGGAGCGUGUCCGCAUCUGCCAGAUCUUUGCUGGUAUAGAGGGCCCUGAGCUGGAAAAGUGUGAGGAGGCAUUCACCGCCGCCUUUAAGGGUCUCCUAGACGCUGAAAUCAACUACGAUGAGAGAAGCCACCUGCAUGAUGCCUUCACCCAGAUGACCCACUCUCUCCAGGAGAUGGCCACUGCCCAGGGCUCCUUUAAGGUGGCUUUUCCUGAUGCUGCGGAGAAAAUGCGGAAGGUCAUUAUGCAGCUUAAAGAAGUCCGGGCCUGCGUCCCUCCCUGCGGACUCCAGGAAGUCGCCCGGCGUUUCCACUGCCGCGGGUGCUACUCCACGGUCUGCGACCUCCCGCUGGACUGCCCAGUUCAGGACUUGACGGUGACUCGGGGUCAUCAGGCUAAGUUCUCUUGCACUGUGAACUUCCAACUGCCUAAGGAGGAAAUCACCUAUUCCUGGAAGUUCGCAGGAGGAGGUGUCCGGACGCAGGACGUGUCCUACUUCCAAGACCUUCCGCAGGCCCGAGGAAACCUGGCGCGGAUCCGGCCGGUGCAGCCCGCGCACCGCGGGACGUUCUCUUGCGUGAUCCUGCACGACCAGCUCCCGCUGGCGCGGCUCUACUUCUUUCUUAACGUGACUGGUGCGCCCUCACGUGGGGAGACCGAGCUCCAGGUCUCCUUUCGGGAAGUGCUGCGUUGGGCGCCGCUGGAGGCGGAGAUGAUCGAACCUUGGAGGCCAAGCCUGGGCGAGCUGCUGGCCAGGCCCGAGGCUCUGACGCUGAGCAACCAAUGCUUGCUCGCGGCCGUCGCGGCCUUAGCAUCAGUCAGUGCGACCCUUGUGGUGUGGAUGUUCUUUCGAUGGUACUUCAAGGGCAACUAACAAAGGUAUCUUUUUCUUACUUCCUUAUCCUGUUUUCAUUCCUAAAAUAAAGAAUAUAUUUCAGCUCU